AUGGCUGCUCAUGGCACAACACAACAACACCGCUUAACACCCCCUCACUGCACUGGGAGGGACUAUCUCUCCCAUCUCCCAAUAUUGCCUCUUCUGGCUUACAGUCGAAUGCACUCCUACAGAGAUUCUCAUUAUUACUUCCUUUUGCUGGUAUAUGCUGCCUGUUGCAUUCUCACACUCCCAUUGGAGCUCAUAACAAUUGGGGAUUGCAAUUGUGUGAUCAGAGUCACAUUCUUUGUUGUUCACUGUCUCCUUGCCCCAAUACCUCAUCACAUCACCAUUAUUCAAAUCCCAAACACUAUAGUAUCCUCUGCUCAUGUUGCAGCCUCAUACCAUGCUUAG